AUGCAUGAACCCAAUAUUACUCUCCCCUCUUAUCAAUCCACUAAAGCUAAGAGAAUAGUUCAAGAAGAUGAACCAAAUGAUGAUGACAUCAUGGUUUCUUUUUCUGAUUUGCAGUUAAAUCCAGAUGAGGAUAGUGUUCUUAAUGGCAUGAUCAUGUCAGAGAUGAAUUACUUGUUAAUGUCUCAGGAAAUUCAUCUUUUAAUUUUGAAGCUUCGAGAUGUUUCGAAGGAGGGUCAUGAUCUUUUUGUUCAGCAACUCACAAAGAUGAAGGAGUAUGUGGAUCUGAAAAUGGCUGAAAUCAAAUUGGAAAUGGCCACAGAGGUGGAGAAGAUGGAGAAGAAGUAUACUUUGUUGCAUAGAAAAGUUGAUGUUAUUGCAACUGCUAUCACAAAGUUAGUCGAAUUCAAUAUUGAUUAUUCGACUAAGCUUGAAGAAAAAUCAGAGAAGGAUUCCCGGGUGUUUGUCAAGCUGGAGGAAUUCUUAUCAAGUAUCAAGGAAUCAAUUUUGAAAGUUGAUCUUUUGAACAGUAGUCUGUUUCUCAAGAGUCAAUCUCUCAAUUGGUUUGAAUAUUGA